AUGAUGGAAAUAUUCUACAACUGGCCCAAGGCCCUCCCCGCCAAAUCACACUGGCCAACCCGUCUUAUCCCCUUCCUUCUCCUGCUCAUCCCCCUCGGCGCCUCUCUUCCCUGCAUCUGGCUACUCUUCUCCGACAUCUGGUUUCAGAUCUUCGGUACACUCUUCGUCCUCCGAUACACCCGUCUCUUCGUACAUCUCCUUGGCUCAUACCUCUACCGUCCCUUCUCACCAAGCCCAUAUCCCAACUUCUCUCGUAACGACGUCACAGUUAUUCUUCCGACUAUUGACCCCCGAGGCCCUGACUUUGAAGAAUGUGUGAGGAGCAUUCUUGUGAAUCAUCCAGCCUUCAUUCUGGUCGUCACCGUUGGAGAUGUGCUGAAGCAGGAGUGUAUUAAUGUCAUACAGGACCUUGUCGCUAAUGCAUCCCACACAAAAAUUUCUGUUGCUGCACUUUCAGAACCGAACAAACGCCGUCAAAUCACCCACGCAAUGCCUAAUGUCACUACAGCUAUCACAGUAUUCGCUGACGAUCAUGUUUUCUGGCCAGCUACUUUUCUUCCCGAAGUCCUCGCUCCCUUUGAGGAUAACAAUGUCGGAGUAGUCGCAACUAAGAAGCGAGUUCGUCGUACUACGCCUGGAAUUUGGUCUUGGGAGUCCAUCGUCAAUUUCAUCGCUUGCAACUACCUCCAGCGCCAUAACUGGGAACUUCGAACUUCUAACGCCAUCGAUGGGGGUGUCUUUGUCGUUUCCGGCCGCACAGCAGCUUAUCGCACUGAAUUUAUCAACGACGCUGAUUUGCUUCAAAAGUUUUGUCAUGAAAAGUUCUUUUUCGGUCUCCUCGGUGGUGAUGGACUUGGACCUGAUGACGACAAUUUUCUUACUCGCGAAGCUAUCAAGAAGAAGUGGCUUAUCUUCUUCCGGGACUCUGACGAUGCGACUAUUGAAACGACUCUUGGAGAGUGGCCCAAGUUCAAGGAUCAACUUAUGCGCUGGGCUCGUACUACUGUCCGCAGCAACCCAGUCAUGCUCCGCGAUCCAAUCUUUCUCUUCCGCUAUCCCUGGACUGCCUUCAUGGUAUACUGGGCGGCUUUGUUCAACUUUGCACUCCUCUGGGACACUGCGCUGAUCUUCACUCUCUUCAUGAGUAAGUAUGGUGGCAUGGCUGACAUUGCACUUCUUCUCAUCUUUAUGUUCUGGAGCAAGGUCGUCAAGCUGAUUCCGCAUUUUCUCAAGUAUCCCCAGGACUUUCCUCUAAUGGUUUGUCAGAUUGUGUUUGGGUAUCUGCACAGCUUUAUCAAGCUCUGGGCAUUGAUUACUUUUUGGGAUUGUGGUUGGAGUGGACGCGAUUUGGAGGGUGUUGGACAGGCUGAGCUUGAUACUCGGUUUACUUGGAUUAACCAGAUGACACAUCAGUGGGGUCAGUGA